AUGAACCCGUUCAACAUUGGUAGAGGAUGCAAGCGCAAGUCAAAGUCGGUAAAGGUUGAAGUCAAGCAAGAGCCUGGUAUUAAGGAAGAGCCCAACAACGUCAUUGACGUACAACAUCCGAGAGUUGAUGGAAGAUAUCGUGUGAAUUACGAAGGACCGUUUGACUUUGGCAAUGACUUCGAUGAAGUAAAAGAUGAAAUCAAAUGUGAAGAAGAAGAGACGGGCAAAGAAAAGAACUCGGCACCUUGUGAACGAUCGGAUAAAAGCACUGCCAAUGAUGCUGGCAACGAAGAUCCAAUGGGUGACGCAAUCGAUGGGCAACAACCGAAACCAGUCUGCAGCGGAAAGACACGGAAUGCAAGCUCCAAAAGACAAAGCAAACGAACAAUUCCCAGAAAUCAAGCGGCCAAAAAGCAGAAGAAGCACAAAUGCCAUGUAUGCAAUCAUUUGGCAAGCGACAAGUCUAACCUCAAAAGACACUUGCGAAUUCACACUGGAGAAAAGCCGUUUCAGUGUGAUGUUUGUUCGAAGUCAUUUGCACGAAAAGAUGAUUUGAACAGUCAUAAGAAAACGCACGGCCAAUUCCGUUGUUCGAAAUGUUAUCAAGGAUUUGAGCGCGAAUCAGACAAAAUCGAUCACGGAAGGCUAUGUAAUCCCCAGCAAUUCGAAUGCGACACUUGCGGAUAUAGAACAAUCAACAAAUCACAUUUGAUAAGACAUAUGCGGACCCACACCGGGGAAAAGCCGUUCGUGUGCUCAAUUUGUUUCAAGUCGUUUGCAACCAACUUUGAUCUUCAUAGGCAUUCAAUGACUCACAAAGUUGAACUACCGAAUGCUUGUUCGAAAUGUGGCCGACGAUUCGCCGCACCAGAAGAUAAGCAAUCACACGAAACGCGCUGCCAACGAAGUCCAUUUGCAUGUAAUCAGUGUCAUUACAAAACUGUUCAAAAGAGUCAUUUGAAGCGGCACAUGCAAUCAAAACACGGAGCCAAAAGAUCGAUCGAAUGUGAAAUUUGCAGCAAACAAUUCGUCCAACAGAUUACAUUAAAACAGCAUUUGUCAUCAGCACACAAUGACCAAUUCCCUUUCCAAUGCUUCAAGUGCUUCGGAGGAUACGCAACCGAAGAUGAAAAAGAGGUUCAUAAAGAUAGCUGUGGCGACCGUCAGUAUCAAUGCCAUUUGUGCAAAGAGCAUCGCCGAGACAAACAAUGUUUGAAUAUUCACAUGCGAAAAGAUCACACCGGAAUAAUGAACCCAUUCAAAGGUGUUCCUGGUGGACGCAGAAAGCGCAAGUCAAAGUCGGCAAAGGUUGAAGUCAAGCAAGAGCCUGGUAUUAAAGAAGAGCCGAACGACGGUGAUGAUAUCAUGAACAUACCACGACCGAGUGUUAAUGGAAGAUAUCGCGCGAAUUACGAAGUACCGUUCGAUUUUGAGUAUGACUUUGAUGAGGUAAAGAAAGAAAUCAAAUGUGAAGAAGAAGAGACGGACAAAGAAAAGGACUCGACACCAUGUGAACGAACGAAUGGGAGCAUUGUCGACAAAGGUAACAACAAAGAUCAUAUGGGUGAUGCAAUCGAUGUUCAACCACCGCAGUCAGUCGGAAGUAGAAAGAAACGGAAUGGAAGCUCCAAAAGAGGAAACAAACGAGCGAUUCCCAGGAAUCAAGCGGCCAAAAAGCAAAAGAAGCACAAAUGUCAUGUGUGCAAUCAUUUGCAAACAGCGACCAAUAUCCAUUCCAAUGCUCCAAGUGCUUCGGAGGAUACGCAAGCAAAGACGCAAAAAUUGCCCAUGAAGAUGUAUGUGGCCACCGUCAGUACCAAUGCCAUUUGUGCAAAGAAUAUGGGCGGUACAAAUACUUCCUGA